GUUGUACGUUGUGCACAGUUCCUCUUCUUCAGAUACAUGUAGAUGUAGUUCUUCUGAGGCAGCUGAGUCGCGAUGUGAAGCUUCUUCAAGCAUUUUCAGUCGAACCAGGAGUGGGUUUUGAAUUUUGAGGGAACUUUGAAGGUGAAGAGAGAGUGAAAGAGCUGUUAUUAGAUUUGGAAUUUAUUCCUGUUAGUAAUGCAUCUAUGGAACCCAAAUCUCCUUCAAAACUUAAGCUCUCAAUCAUGGGAUUUGCUCAAUACAAGCAGGCGUUGAGAAGGAGUUUUAUGGUUACAGUUAUAAUACUCUUAUUAUUUGGUGCCUAUUUUGUGUUUAUACCCGGGAAAGGCCAUAGUGUAUCUAAAGGACCAUAUUAUACGGUGGUUGUUGAUUGUGGAAGCACAGGGACCCGAGUAAAUGUGUACAAGUGGCUGGCAAGGGCUGUAAGUAGUAAGGAAUUGCCGAUUUUGUUGUAUUCUUAUCCCGACAAUUCAACUGAUGGAAUGCUUUGGAAAAGUUGUAAGUAUCACUGUCUGCAAACUGAGCCUGGUUUGGAUAAAUCUGUCGGAAACUUAUCAGGAGUAAGAGCAUCUUUGGAACCAUUAAUUACAUUGGCAGAACAUAAGGUUCCUUCUGAAAAACGCAGAGACACUCCCAUUUUUGUUCUAGCUACUGCUGGACUAAGGAGAUUGGCAAUGGAGGAUGCUAGGCGGGUAUUGAAUGACAUAGAAGCUAUUGUAAAAGAACAUACUUUUUUGUAUAAAAAGAGCUGGAUACGGGUGUUGAGUGGCCAAGAAGAAGCUUAUUAUGGUUGGGUGGCUCUAAAUUAUAAAAUGGGUAGCUUUGGGAAUCAUUCAAGGUCACCCACUUUGGGACUUCUUGACUUAGGAGGUUCAUCAUUGCAGAUUGUCGUGGAAGUUGAUGAUACAAGAGAAGAUGCAAACUUAGUGAGAUCAAAAUUUGGCUUUGUCGAACAUGAUAUUUUAGCUUACUCAUUGUCGGAAUUUGGAUUGAAUGAAGCAUUUGAUAGGACGGUUGUUAUGCUCAGCCAUAUGGAACAACUCAGAGAAAGUGCUUCUGGUAUAGUAGAGAUCAGACAUCCUUGUCUUCAUACUGACAUUGUGCAAAACUAUACCUGCUAUGGUUGCUCCCAGCUAAAAGCUCCUGAUCAGAAAAAAGUGACCAGUCAAGUGCAAGAAACUAAAUUUCCUUCUGUGUAUCUGGUUGGAGCGCCGAAUUGGGAGCAAUGCAGAAGACUUGCUAGGGUUGCUGCUAUCAAUUCAAGCACAGCUGACACAGACCAUAGAGCACGGUCAUGUUCUGAUAAUGGGAGUGAAAUGAUAAAUUUGACUGCUUUUGCUCACCCCAAAGCCCGCUUUCAUGCACUAUCUGGAUUUUUUGCUGUUUAUGACAAGUUGAAUUUGAGCACAAGAGCCACCUUGACGAAGAUUUGGGAGAAAGGCCAGCAAGUAUGCUCCAGAUCAGGGUCUGACCUAAGCAGUAAUUCACAGAAUGCAUAUUUUGCUUGGCAAUAUUGUUUUCGUGUGCCUUAUGUGGCAUCGCUCAUUGACGAUGCCUUGUGUCUUAGUGACAAAGAGAUCAUUUUUGGUCCUGCGGAUGUUACUUGGACAUUAGGAGCUGCAUUGGUCGAAGGAGAAUAUUUAUGGUCAAGUCCUACUAGAUCUCAAAUUAGCAUUUCAGCCCUAAAUAUGGAGGUUAUAUCCUCUCCCAUUUUUGUACUUGUUUUACUUCUUUGUAUUCUAUUGAUUGUAUAUUGUUGUCAAGUCAAGCUCCCCAUGAUAGGCAGGAAGAGCACAGUAAGAGGACAGAAGAUGAUAGAUUAGAUGUUAUGAACUCUUAGAUUGCAAUAGACAAAUUUUAUUCGAUAACAA